CAUGAAGUUAUUUACUCUUUCUGCUAUCAUUUCCACCUUUUUGGCUAUUGGUGCCGAUGCUGCUAUCCAAAGAGUACCUAUAAAGAAGACCGUCGAGACUUCCGCUGAGAAACUCCAGCGUUAUUCUCACACUGGUGAAUACCUCACCCAAAAGUACUUUGGCUCCCAGCGCAGUCAAUCCCAGAAUGCCCAGCCAUUCCAGGUUGAUGCCGAUGGUCGUGUUGAACAUGGUGUACCUUUGUCAAACUAUAUGAACGCCCAGUACUAUGGUGAAAUUGAUAUCGGAACUCCUCCUCAGACUUUUACUGUUGUUCUUGAUACCGGUUCCUCCAACUUAUGGGUUCCUUCUUCUGGAUGUAGCUCAAUUGCCUGUUUCCUUCAUCGUCGCUAUGAAUCCACAAAAUCUAGCACCUUCAGUGAGAAUGGUACUGAUUUUGCUAUCCGUUACGGAACUGGUUCUCUUGAAGGUUUCAUUAGCCAGGACACAGUAAACUUUGGCGGCAUUGAGCUUGAAAACCAAGGCUUUGCAGAGUCUGUCAAGGAACCCGGAUUCACCUUUGCAUUUGCCAAGUUUGAUGGCAUUCUUGGUAUGGGUUAUGACAACAUUGCUGUCCAAAAGGUCGUCCCUCCUUUCUACAACCUCGUCAACCGUGACUUGAUUGAUGAGCCUGUAUUCUCAUUCUGGCUCAACGAUGCCAACAACGGCGAUGAAGCCAACGGUGGCGAACUCGUCCUUGGUGGUGUUGACCCCGCUCACUACGUUGGAGACAUCGCAUGGUCUCCUGUGGUUCGCAAGGGUUACUGGGAAAUCCAAUUGGACGACAUCAGAUUCGAUGGUGAACCCCUUGAUUUGGAUCCUAUCAAUGCUGCCAUUGACACUGGUUCAUCUCUCUUGGUCUGCCCCACUGCAUUUGCUGACCUUUUGAACAAGGAAUUCGGCGCCGAAAAGAACUGGGCUGGACAGUACGUCGUUGACUGUGCCAGAAUCCCCGAUUUGCCUGAAUUCUGCUUUAUUUUCAAUGGCAAGGACUUCUGCUUGACUGCUGAAGAUUAUAUUCUCCAGAUGCAGAACCAAUGUAUCUCCGGAUUUAUGGGAAUGGAUAUCCCUGAGCCUGCUGGCCCCAUCUGGAUUGUCGGUGAUGUCUUCUUGCGCAAGUUCUAUAGCAUCUACGAUCUUGGUAACGACAGAGUUGGUCUUGCCCUUUCUGCUUAAACUUAUAGCCCUAAUUCUUCUCUGCAUCUAAUUAACUUCAUAACUUUGUGUAAAACCCCCUUUUCCCUUCUCUGUUUUCUCUAAAUAAACCUGUAACUUCUUUUUUAUUAUUUCUGUUACUUUUUCUGGAACACAAAGGCCAAGUAAAUGCCUAAAUUUUGAUAUUAGUUAUAUGGAUAAGCAUACCUAUACUUAUUUUAUAGCUGUACAGAUUAUAUAUAUAUAUAUAUAUAUAAAUAAAACACACGCACACGCACACACACACAGAUUAUC